GCUCCGGGCUUCCGGUGACCUCUGGCCCUUUUCUGUCGUCCGCUCCUGCUGCUUAGCGUGCUCGCUCGCGCGUUGCUUUCCUCCACGCUCCCGGCUUCCUCUCCACGCUGCCCGGUGACCGUGGCGCCCGCGACCGGCGCGGCGGCGGCGGAGGACAGUCGUCAUGGCCGCCUCUAAGCCCGUAGAGGCGGCGAUGGCGGCGGCUGCUGCGCCCGCUUCUGGAAAUGGAGUGGGCAGUAGCGGUGGGACUGCGGCCCCCGGCUCGGGCGCGGGGACCCUGCCGCGAUGGCACGUGGCGCUGGCCAUCGGGGCGCCCCUGUUGCUGGGUGCUGGGGCCAUGUACCUGUGGAGCCGAAGACGGAGGCGCCGGGAAGCCGGAGGCCGGGGCGACGCCAGCGGCCUGAAGCGCAACAGCGAACGAAAGACCCCAGAGGGCAGGGCCAGUCCGGCCCUGGGCAGUGGCCCCGACGGUUCUGGUGACUCCCUGGAAAUGAGCUCUCUGGAUAGAGCCCAAGCAGCCAAAAAUAAAGGCAACAAAUAUUUCAAAGCAGGAAAAUAUGAGCAAGCUAUUCAGUGCUAUACCGAGGCUAUUAGUCUGUGCCCUACUGAGAAGAAUGCAGACCUCUCUACAUUUUAUCAGAACAGAGCUGCUGCCUUUGAACAGUUGCAAAAAUGGAAAGAAGUGGCCCAAGAUUGUACAAAGGCCGUUGAACUUAAUCCCAAAUAUGUGAAAGCUCUCUUUAGACGUGCAAAAGCCCAUGAGAAGCUAGACAAUAAGAAGGAGUGUUUAGAAGAUGUCACUGCUGUGUGUAUAUUAGAAGGGUUUCAAAAUGAGCAGAGCAUGCUGUUAGCUGAUAAAGUUCUUAAACUUCUCGGGAAAGAGAAUGCCAAAGAAAAAUAUAAGAACCGGGAACCUCUGAUGCCAUCUCCACAGUUUAUUAAAUCUUACUUCAGUUCUUUCACGGAUGACAUAAUUUCUCAGCCAAUGCUUAAAGGAGAGAAGUCUGACGAAGAUAAGGACAAGGAGGGAGAAGCGUUAGAAGUAAAAGAAAAUUCUGGAUAUUUAAAAGCUAAACAAUAUAUGGAAGAAGAAAACUAUGACAAAAUCAUAAGUGAAUGCUCAAAGGAAAUAGAUGCUCAAGGCAAAUACAUGGCAGAGGCAUUACUACUACGAGCCACCUUCUACUUGCUUAUUGGCAGUGCCAACGCGGCCAAGCCUGACUUAGAUAAGGUCAUCAGUUUGAAGGAAGCUAACGUGAAGCUUCGAGCAAAUGCCCUUAUCAAAAGAGGCACCAUGUGCAUGCAGCAGCAGCAGCCUAUGCUGUCUACUCAGGACUUCAACAUGGCUGCUGAGAUUGACCCUAUGAACUCGGAUGUUUAUCACCACCGAGGACAGCUGAAAAUCCUGCUGGAUCUAGUUGAAGAAGCAGUGGCAGAUUUUGAUGCAUGUAUCAGACUAAGACCGAAGUUUGCUUUGGCACAGGCUCAGAAGUGUUUUGCAUUGAACAGUGAACUCAAGAAGGAAGCAUCUGAAAGCAUGUGUCACUGUGCGAUUGGCCUGGACUCACAGCCCUCUUGCCCCAGCCUCCUGCUGGUGCUAUCAUAGCUGUGCAUUGCACACCCCGCUCCUGAGUUUACAGCAGAAUUAUAUCUCUACCAGAACCUAGUAUGAAAGUGUCAAAAAUAAUUUGAGGAAAUAAGUCAUAGUAAUGACAAGACUUAACUGCUUUUGCUUUCCUAUGGCCAACCCUAAAAUAAUUUUCCCUCUAAAGAAAGUUGUAUCAUAAGUAUUAUAGGUUUAAGAUGAAAAUGAAAUUACUACAUUAAAAAGUCUAUAGGUGGGAUGUAUCUUGGUGAUAGAGCAUGUGGAGGCCUAACAUGUGUAAAGUCUUGUUUUGAAUUCUGGCACUACAGAAAAGUACAUCAAAAUUAUGACAUCUAUGUGCUCAGUUAACAUGUCUUAGUUUUCUAUCGCUGUGGAGAGACAACAUAACUAGGGCAGCUUAUAAAAGGAAACAUUUACUUGGUGAACACAUUAUCAUUGUGUCCGAGUAUGUCAAAGGUCAGGUAGGCAUGAAGCUAGAGCAGUGGCUAAGAACUUACCUAAGUAGGAGAUCCUAAGUAGGAGAAAGCGGGCCUAGCCUCAAAGCCCACCCCAGGAACAUACCAUUUCCAAAAAAGCCACACUUCCUAAUCCUUUACACAGGAAGGAAGGGAGGUAGGUGGGUGGGUGACUCACCUGCUCUUCUGGAAAUGCUUAUGUAAUGUUCUGUGUCUAGUGUAAUAUGUUAAGAUUCCAGAGGGGUUUUUUUUUUUAG